AUGGCUCUGCUACGUAGGCUGGCGAUGAACGCUCCUCGGAGAAUCCGAGUGCUUUCCACUUCAUCUCAAGGCAAGGACGACCUGGAUCUGUCGUUUAACAAUUCAAAAGACGCCUUUAAAAGUAAAAAGACCAGCGAACUCAUCCGCGCAUACUUCGUAUACCAGAUAUGCUCCAUCAACUGGAUUGUGGAGAACAACGAUAUGUUGAUGAAACGCCUGCGUCAACUUGUAGGCCAGCGUCUCUUCGAAGCCAUCAUGAAAGCGACGUUUUACGGGCAGUUCGUCGCUGGCGAAGACCAAAACAACAUUCGCCCAACCAUCGAAAGAUUGCGUUCAUUCGGUGUAAAAUCGAUCCUGGAUUACUCAGUCGAAGAAGAUCUAUCGCAGGAGGAGGCUGAGAAGCGCGAAGUUAGUGCCUCAAUCUCAGUAUGUGGAGACACGGAAGAAGAAGGGCAGCUGAAACAGUACCAUGUGGAGCAGCGGUUUGCCGACCGUCGGUACAAAGUCACCAGCGCCAGAACUUACUUCUACUUGAACGAAGCAUCUUGCGAGAAGAACAUGGAAGCGUUCCUUAAGAGUAUUGAUGCAGUCGCCGGUAUAACGGAGAGUACGGGUUUGAUGGCUGUAAAACUGACAGCUCUUGGAAGACCACAAUUACUUCUUCAACUGUCGGAGGUUAUUAUGCGCGCGCGCAACUACAUGCAGCAAAUUGCCGGUGGUACCGGUAACGUGCUAACUCACCACAAAACCAUCGAGGACUUUCAACGAUACCUCGGGGAGCAUUCAACUAAGCCAGAAGUUCAGGACUUCAUGAAAAAAAUCACUUCGGACAAGGAGGGUAUCGUCCACUUGUUUCCCUGGUCGAACAUUCUCGACAAGGACAUGAAUUUGUCGGACUCCUUCCGAGUGCCAGACCCGAAGUCUGGUCAGAUGCGUCGUCUCAUCUCGCAGAUUUCUCCUAAAGAAGAGGAGAUGUUCAGGAAUAUGUUGCGGCGUUUGAACCACAUAAUUCAGGUGGCGGCGGAAGUGGAUGUAAGGAUUAUGAUAGAUGCUGAACAGACCUACUUCCAACCUGCGAUUUCCCGGAUCUGCUUGGAGAUGAUGAGACGGUAUAACAAGGGAAGAUUUGUGGUGUUCAAUACAUACCAGACUUACCUGAAGAACACGUACAAUGAAAUCGUGACGGAUCUCGAACAGGCUGAGAGGCAGAACUUCUUCUGGGGGGCCAAGCUUGUACGUGGCGCUUAUAUUGAACAGGAGCGCGCCCGUGCUGCCGCCAUGGGAUACGAAGACCCCACUUGUGAAAGCGUGGAUGCGACUACCAACUCCUUCCACAAAUGUCUCAAAGAGAUCCUUGGCAGAGUUAAGGACGAACGCCAGCAGAAACUGGGUAUUAUGGUGGCGUCUCACAACGAAGACACAAUUCGCUACGCCAUUCAGCUUAUGCGCGACUACAACAUCCAGCCGGACGAGCGAGUUGUGUGCUUCGGACAGCUUCUAGGCAUGUGUGACCACAUCACCUUCCCACUUGGUCAAGCCGGUUAUUCCGCUUACAAGUAUGUGCCAUACGGUCCGGUCCUUGAAGUCCUACCGUACCUAUCGCGGCGCGCGAAUGAAAACCGCGGUUUCCUCGUCAAGAUCAAGAAGGAAAAAGGUCUGCUUCUUAAGGAAAUCUGCCGCCGCAUAGUCACCGGGCAGGCCUUCUACAAGCCGGUCGGUAACUACACGCCCGUGUAG